AUGAACAUCACACCAACUUUAUUAUUAUUAAAUUUAACAAGCUUACAUCACAAUAAUAAUAUAAAUAUUUUAUUAAACAAUAGUGUUACACAAUAUGGUGAAGAAUUUACAACUAGUUUGUAUAUAAAAUUAAUAUUUUAUUUUUUAUAUUCAUUAAUUUUCAUCCUGGGAGUUUUUGGUAAUAUUUUAGUGUGUUAUGUUGUAGCGCGCAAUCAAGAUAUGCAAACAGUUACUAAUUUAUUUAUCACAAAUUUGGCGGUGAGUGAUAUAUUACUGUGUAUGUUAGCAGUACCAUUAACACCGUUGUACACAUUUUUGGGUGGUUGGGUGUUUGGUGAAAGUUUGUGCCAUUUGUUACCCUAUGCUCAGGGUGUAAGCAUUUAUAUAAGUACAUUGACUCUAACGAGUAUUGCAAUUGAUAGAUAUUUAGUUAUUAUUUAUCCUUUUCGGCCGCGCAUGCAAGUAAUGACAUGCAAAGGAAUAAUAGUAAUUAUAUGGAUAGUAGCAUUAGUACUCACUCUUCCGUACGGUAUCUAUAUGGGCCUUGAAAAAUAUCAAUAUUGUGAAGAAAAUUGGCCUACAGAUAAUUUUCGUCUGCUAUUUAGCUCAAUAACUUGUAUUUUUCAAUUUGUUAUACCAUUUUUCUUGAUAGCUUUCUGCUAUAUUUGUGUGUCCAUUAAAUUAAAUGAUCGUGCUAAAUCAAAACCAGGAUGUAAAACAAGUAAACGUGAAGAAGCUGACAGAGAGAGAAAAAAACGCACUAACCGUAUGUUGAUAGCCAUGGUGACUAUUUUUGGUGUCUGCUGGAUGCCGCUCAACAUUAACAAUAUUUUGGAUGAUAUUUACGAUUUUUCAUCACAUUGGUCUUAUUAUUAUUUGUGUUUCUUCAUGGUAUUGCCCUGUAUUUCAAGAUUCUCAACAACAAAUUUUAUGUCUGGGACAACGGAACCUUACAGAAGUGAAAGACUCUGUAAUGGCAACGACGCUAUACAAGAGAAUUUAUUGAACAGUUUGGCAUCUAAAUUCAACCCUAAUGUUACUGAAGAGAGUAUACAACUUGAAUCAAGACCAGCGUCACCAUUUCAACCCAAUGAACGUAUUAUCAAUGAAUUUACGGAUGUUGAAGAUACAUAG